GUGGACCAAUCAGCGUGGGCCACGGUGAGUUUUUCCGAUGUACUUUUUCUGAGGGAAGCAGUGGCAGCAGUUUCUAACACAGAAGCCUUGCAGAGAGCAGCUAUUAACCAUGAGAUCGUUUAUACUUGGAGUGCUGGGCUGCUCCCUGGUCCUCUCUGCCCAAGCCUUUUACUCGGCCAGUGAUGAUGUUGUUGAGCUCAACCCCUCCAACUUCAACAAGGAGGUGCUCCAGAGUGACAGUCUGUGGCUGAUUGAGUUUUACGCUCCCUGGUGUGGUCACUGUCAGAGUCUGACUGCUGACUGGAAAAAGGCUGCCACUACCCUCAAGGGUAUCGUGAAGGUUGGGGCCGUGGAUGCAGACCAGCACAAGUCACUGGGGAGCCAGUUUGGCGUCAAAGGUUUCCCCACCAUCAAGGUCUUCGGAGCCAAUAAGAACAAGCCAGAGGACUACCAAGGGGGUCGCACUAGCCAAGCCAUCGUGGACGGGGCGAUGAAGGCUCUGAACAGUCUGGUGAAGGACCGGCUGAGCGGAAAGUCCGGCGGCUCCGGGUACAAACAGAGCGGUGGUGGUGGUGGUGGUGGUGGUGGUGGUGCUGGCAGCAAGCAGGAUGUGGUCGAGCUCACUGAUGACAACUUUGACAAGAUGGUGCUGCAGGGUGAGGAAGUGUGGCUGGUGGAGUUCUUCGCCCCCUGGUGUGGACACUGCAAAAACCUGGAGCCUGAGUGGACAGCUGCAGCCUCAGCUGUGAUGGAGCAGACCAAGGGCAAAGUUCGUCUCGGAGCAAUGGACGCUACCGUCCACCAGGCGGUGUCCGGCCGCUACGGGAUCCGUGGAUUCCCCACCAUCAAGAUCUUCCGUAAAGGGGAGGAGCCCGAAGACUACCAGGGAGGUCGCACCCGAGGAGACAUCAUCGCCAGGGCUUUGGAUCUGUUCUCCGACCACGCUCCUCCUCCUGAGCUGCUGGAGAUCCUCAGUGAAGACACAUUGAAGAAGACCUGUGAGGACAGUCAGCUGUGUGUAAUCGGUGUCCUGCCCCACAUCCUGGACACAGGCGCAGCAGGUAGAAACGGAUACCUGGAGGUGUUGACGAAGAUGGCAGAGAAGUACAAGAAGAAGAGUUGGGGCUGGCUGUGGACGGAGGCGGGCACUCAGAUGGAGCUGGAGGCCGCUCUGGGGAUCGGAGGCUUUGGUUACCCGGCCAUGGCCGCCAUCAACUCACGCAAGAUGAAGUUCGCUCUGCUCAGAGGCUCCUUCAGUGAGACGGGCAUUCAUGAGUUCCUCAGGGAGCUUUCUGUGGGCCGUGGCUCCACUGCCACUCUGGGAAAUGGGUCCAUGCCCAAAGUUCACACUGUUGCACCAUGGGACGGCAAAGAUGGACAGCUUCCCGAGGAGGACGACUACGACCUCAGUGACGUCGACCUGGAUGAUGAUGACUUUUUGUCUAAAAUUGAGUUAUGAGCCCAAACGGGGCGGGACCUGAUCCAGGCCGGCAGGUGGAAUCUGGUCUGAUCCGGUCCUGCGCGACCCGCCUCCUCUCUCCUGUGGACGAAUGGGAGGCCCGGUCGCCCAGUUACUGAAAUUUUCCAGAAAAGACACAAGAGACACCUGCCGUUUCUCACAUCUGUCAAUCACACAGGACCAGGAGGGAGGGGGGGGGGGGGGGCUGUGUCGUGUCCCUGGAGUGACCCCUGCCUCACAUACCUGCUGAACGUCGCUGAUUUAAACGGCCGCCCCCAGCUGAGGAGAGGAGGGAGGAGGUUCUGAAUGUGGCACUUCAGUCGUUCAUUCAAGUCUUUUUCAAACACUGUUCCCCUCUCCCCUCCUCAGCCCCCCUUAAAAAAACCUAUUUUAUAAUGUGGACUUGUCAAAGGAACACUUCAAUAAUCAACCCUAAUGUGACUUAUAUCUUUUUUUUCUGUUUUUUAAACCCGUAAGUGAGUGUCUUGUUGGGUUUUACAUCAUGUCUUUCCAGGACAAGGGGAUAUCGUGGGACUUCUUGUGUAGAUUUUUCUUACACGACUUUAUUGUGUGAAAACAAAAUUUUUGUUACAAAAAUAAAAACAGAUAAAAACAA